CCAUAGAGGCAUAGACCCAUCAAAAAUCUUUCAUCGACUUCUUUGGUUUAUAGCCACGAGGUUUUAGAAUUAUUUCAAUUUAUUAGAAAAUUAUUAAAAAGAAAAUUGAUUUCUGACAAAUAAAAUGCCUCCAAGCAAUCCUUUACCACCUAAAGAGAAUGCUCUUUUUAAAAGAAUUUUGCGGUGCUACGAACAUAAACAAUACAAAAAUGGGUUAAAAUUCGCCAAACAGAUAUUAUCCAACCCAAAGUUCGCGGAGCAUGGAGAAACCUUAGCCAUGAAAGGUCUAACAUUAAAUUGCUUAGGUCGCAAGGAUGAGGCAUAUGACUAUGUACGCAGAGGUCUACGUAAUGAUCUGAAGUCCCCAGUAUGUUGGCAUGUGUAUGGGCUGUUGCAGCGCUCUGACAAGAAAUACGAUGAGGCAAUAAAAUGUUACCGUAAUGCACUAAAAUGGGAAAAGGAGAAUAUUCAAAUUCUCAGAGAUUUGUCACUAUUACAAAUUCAGAUGAGAGAUUUAGAGGGUUAUAAAGAUACCAGAUAUCAGCUUUUCAUGCUGAGGCCUACACAAAGAGCAUCAUGGAUAGGAUUUGCUAUGAGCUACCAUCUCCUCGGUGAUUAUGAAAUGGCAAACAGUAUCCUAGAUGCAUUCCGCACUCAUCAGAUGAAAGGUCCAUAUGAUUAUGAACACUCAGAAUUGCUAUUAUACCAGAAUAUGGUACUGGCCGAAUCAGGACAAUAUGAGAGAGCCUUGCAGCAUUUACAGAAGUUUGAAAGUCAAAUUCUGGAUAAAUUAUCUGUGAAAGAAACUUCUGGGGAAUAUUACUUAAAAUUGAACAGAUUCAAGGAAGCAGAAGGAAUUUACGAAGACUUGUUAAAGAGAAAUCCCGAAAAUGUUUUGUACUACAGUAAGUUAAUAGAAGCGAAACAACUCAUUAAAGCUGAAGACAAAGUGGCCUUUUUUGAUGAAUACAAGAAGCAGUAUCCAAAGGCAAUAGCACCGCGACGUCUGCAAUUGACCGAGGCACAGGCGCAGUCCUCAUUUGAAAACCUCGUUGACGAGUACCUCAGACAUGGACUGUACAAAGGAAUUCCUCCACUUUUUGUAGAUUUGAGAUCUUUAUACGCAGAUCCAAUGAAAGCGGAAACGAUAGAGAAAUUAAUAAUACAGUACAUAGAUAAUUUAGCUAAAGAUUGUACAUUUGGACCAGACCCGAGUGAAGUGAAGCAGCCCGCAAGUGCGCUUUUGUGGGCGUACUAUUUCGCGGCCCAACACUUCGAUCACAAGAAGGAUACGGAUCGAGCGUUGCAUUACAUAGACGCCGCCAUUGAACACACCCCUACAUUGAUAGAAUUGUUUAUUGUUAAGGGAAGAAUAUACAAGCAUGCCGGCGACCCAAUAUCCGCGUACCAGUGCUUAGAGGAAGCUCAAGCGAUGGACACGGCGGAUCGAUACGUCAACUGUAAAUGCGCGCGGUACAUGCUCAGGGCGGGCCACAUCAAACGAGCCGAGGAGAUGUGCGCCAAGUUCACGAGGGAAGGUGUACCGGCAACGGAAAACUUAAAUGAAAUGCAAUGUAUGUGGUUCCAAACGGAAGCUGCUGCUUCAUACCAAAGACUUCAACAAUGGGGAGAGGCUCUGAAAAAAGCACACGAAGUCGACAGACACUUCUCGGAGAUAAUGGAGGACCAGUUCGACUUCCACUCGUACUGCAUGCGCAAGAUGACGCUCCGCUCGUACGUGGGGCUGCUGCGGCUGGAGGACGUGCUGCGCGCGCACCCCUUCUACUUCCGCUGCGCGCGCGUCGCCGUGCGCGUGUACCUGCGCCUGCACGCGCGCCCGCGCUCCGACGCGCCGCAGACCGCCGAGCCCGACACAGAAAACCUAGCGCCUUCAGAAUUAAAAAAGCUUAGAAAUAAACAAAGGAAAGCCCAGCGUAAAGCAGAGCAAGAAAGCGCUCUGGCGGCACAAGUACAGGUAAAACGGGAGCAGCACCAUAAAGCGCGGCAACAGCAGGAACAAGGCGACCCCGAAGCGCCGCAACUCGACGAACUGAUACCCGAGAAACUAGCGAGAGUAGAAGAUCCAUUAGAACAAGCAUUGAAAUUCUUGCAGCCUCUGAGGAUACUCGCGGCGGACAGGAUAGAGACACACCUAAUGGCCUUCGAAAUUUACUUUAGAAAAGAAAAGCCCCUACUGAUGCUGCAGUGUAUAAAGAGAGCGUGGAGAUUGGACAGCGAUAAUCCUGAGCUGGUGGACUGUCUGGUUCGUUUCCAACGGUGGCUGGAGGAAUCGCUUUCCGGGCUGCAUCCGAACGUUGCGGCCGUUCUUAAGACUGAGACCCAACCGAUGGUGUUGGGACGCAGCGCGCUGCAGAUCGCGGAGCAGAGCGUGUCGGGCGCGGCGCGGCACGCGGCGGCGCUGUGGGCGGCGCGCGCGCUGCGGCGGCUCGUGCCCGACCGCACGGAGCAGGCGCUGCGCCUCGUCACCUCGCUCGACUACCCGGACGUCACUAUACAGAGUUGCGCAGACGUUUUAGAGAGCCUCAGAGAAGGCGAUUUCGGUGAAUGCGAGGCGGUGAUUGAGCGCUACGUGGAGGCGUGCAGCGCGCGGUUCCCGUACGCGAUCGCCUUCAAGCCCGCGCCCGCGCCCGAAGCGAGCGAGAACCAUUCGGAAGAGACUACACCGCUACAGCCUAAAGAAAUUACUGCCAACAACUAAUGGCUGCGUCUGGCAGUGGCUCGAGGUUGAAAUCAAAGGAAAAUGUCCGAACGGGUGUUUGUAUGUCCGUCUCGUGACGGGCGACAGCCGCGCAGACACGCAGUCGGUCAAUUUGUAUUUUGUUUAUUGUUAAAUAAAAAAAAAAAAUUUUUUCUUUGAUUUCAUAUUUCGAUCUUCGAAUUUGGCUAUUGGCCAAUACGCACGAAUCUAAUGUUACUCUUUUGUUAACUAUAUAUUUUUCGCGUUAUCGUUUAUCUUAUUUAAAUUAUAGAUAAAACAAAUUUUCUUUUAGAAGAGUAAUGUUAGGUUUAAUCAGAAGAUGAGAAUUUCAUUUGACGAUUCGAUAUAUUGUUAGUAAAUUUCUCAAUCAAGGAAAUGUAUUUAUAACUGAAAUUUUAAGUCUUACUAACUUUAGGGAGUAUCAAAAGUACGCUGGUUCGGGUCGAUUGGUCUUUCAUAUCAAUAAUAAUGUCACAAAGACUGGUGAAGCGAGAUACGGUUUGUUUUUCAUUCGAAUUUUAUAUAUACAUUGUUCAUUUGCUGCGAUUUAUUUUGUUUCUUAUUGAAAGUGCGCGAUACGAAGUUACGAGACAUCGUUGUGACUUAAAAAUCGUGUCGAAAAGUUACCGAAAGCAAUAAAUUGACUGUUUAGUAGAGUAGGGUGCGGCUACAAUGCAUAAGGACUUACACGAUCGAUGUACAAAAUCACUUGUGAUAUAUAAAAAUAGCAAUAAUUAGUGAAUACUGUUUUAUUCGAUUGAAACAUUAAUGUGUUUAGUGCGAGUUUCUUAACGUUCUCGAUAGCGUAAAAGUUAACUCAAUUUUGUAUGCAGUUGGAACAGCGCCCCUAGCGGCAAACGUACGCAAACGAUCCCAUUCCAUACAAAUAUGUUAAGUUACCUUUACGCUAUCGAGCACGUUAAAAAACUCGCACUAAGCACACUGAUUGUUCAUUGUUAGAUUUUCAAUGUGUUCCUCCUUCGUGGCAGUUGGUCUGUAAUCUUAACCGAUUUCUGUAAAUCGUAUUUAUGUUGAAUUCUAAUUAAUUAUAGAGUCAAUAGUUCGGAAAACGGACUUUCUAUCCUGCCUUUAAAGUGUUGUAACUUUGAUGUCAUAUUCUAAGACAGACGGCAGAAUUUGCGUUAAGGCCCCUACUAUAUUGCGCCAACUUGGUGGCCCAACAAUACUUUUAAAAUAAAGUAGUGCAUUGCACCAAUUCGUUGGCCCAACAAUACUGAUUUAAAUAAAUGUGAGCCUGAAUUGUUCGAGCCGGAACAAGUGCCAGUACGCCUUUUUAAUACAGUAAAAGCUCGUUAUUCGCGGUGUAUAUGUUGGAAUGGUUAUUUACAUAUAUGUGAUUAUAGGGAAUACGUUCCUACGUGACAAACGCGUCGUAAAAAGUACUUAUAAAAAAAUAAUUACAACUACGCCUAAAGUAUAUCAUGUUUAAAUUUACUUUAGGCGUAGUUGUAAUAAAGUCUAUUUUACUUUUUGAAGUGAAAACUUCUUUAGAAUCGUUGUGAUUUCAAACCGGAUGCAACGGAAAAAACGACAGGUAAGAGACACAAAUACAAAAGAAUGAGACAGAAAUAUACAUACUAUUUAAUACAGCGCCAGCUGUGAGAUUUUUUUAAUACUAACGUGUGUAUGAAAGCUCUUGUAGUGAAUUUUAAUUUAGGAUUAUACGUGAAAUUAAAAUAUCAAUUCACAGAGGGCGCUACCUUACAAUUAUUUACUAAUGACAAAAUUUUAAGACGUUUAGGAUAAUUGUAUUUUAAUUUUGGAAGGUUUCACUUCUACCACGUGUGAAUUGCACACAUGUAUUUUUUUUUAUACCUUUGAAGCUGCGUUUAUAGGAUAUUCGGUUGGAUACCAACUUAUUGGAAUUUUUUUUUUCAAUGUGAAAUCUGUAGAAUCGGUAGAAAUAAUUCUUAUAAGAAUCUUAUAUUUGCCUAAAAGCGCUUUUUAAUCCGCAGAUAAUGAAAACGCAAAUGCCGGGUCCGCGAAUUAGGGGCUUUUACUGUAUUUCCAAAAACUAAUUAAGGUUUACGGUUUGUGUAUUGAGGUUAUAUUUUUUCUUUUUAAUCAAUAAUUGGAAGACGACUGACGUUUUUGAGACGAUGAUGUUCAAAUUAACAUUAUAAAUCGCAAUGAAAACAUAAUAAUGAUGACUACGUUAUGUUCCUUUUAUUUUUUAGUUCUUAGACUUGUACGUGUAUUAAUUAUUUAUAAAACGUGCCCCUAAUGUGUCAGACUUUUUAAAUUUUCAAUCUCAAAUAUGUUGUGUGGUUUUAAUACGUUUAAUUGUUAUUUUCGCACUGUCGUGGUGGUUUUUUUUUGUUAUCCCUAUGCUUACGUAUAUUACUAGUGUGCAUUUUGUAACAUGCAACAGAUAAAAUAACAAACAGUAUGAUUUCAUUAACAACUUAUAUUUUGGAUUUAAAGAGUACAUUAAAUUGCAAAGUUGGGAUUGGAUUUCUCAUAUUUUUUAUUUUUUAUUCUAGUCCAGUUGGAAGAGAACAAAUAAAAUGGGUGUUUUGAAUCAUCAAAUAAAUAAAUAAAACGCAAUAAUUGACUGUAACAUUAAUGUUACAAUUUAUUUUGUGUAAAGUUAAGUAAUCUCUUUUCAUAUAUAGUGUGGCCUGAAGUGUUCAAUUCGAAUUGUUAAUAUUUGGUAAUUUAAUUUUUUUUACAGAAAUACAGCAUUACUCAUUGCCACUUUACUCUCAGUCUAGGCAGACUUUGUAAAUAAUACUUUUAAGUUGUCAUUGAAAAUUUCGAUUUAUACUCAGACCCUCCAGUCUUGUAUGCCUAUUUAAAUAUAUACUUUUGGCAGAACUUUAUUUAAUGUUUUUUAGUUUAAAACAUGAAUUCAGGAGUCAAUUUACUAUGUAAAACUUUAAUAAAAAAACGUUCGAAUAUAAAUUAAAAUCACUCAACUGUAGCGUUAUACUUUCGUUUAUUUCUGUAGAUAUGUGUAAAGUUUGACAAUAAUUAUAAUGAUACUCCAGAAAUGAGAAUGCUACAUGACAAAAUAGUCUCGGAUAAGAAAUAUUUUUAUUGGGGUCAUGAUUUUAUCUCAUGAAUUUUUUUAUAAAUGAAAUGGCUGAAAAAUAUUGAUUUCUAUUUAAUGUCCAUUAGAGGUGUCAAAUGACCCCAUUAAAUCACAACUUAUGAUCAUAUAUUUUAUUACAAUACAAUAAAACAAAUGCCUUACUACAUGUCCUACUCGAGUUUUGUUAAUGGAGUAAUUUGUACCCCCGCAUCAUCUUGUACAUAAAUAAAAUUUUAUUUUAUAAAAUUA